AAUAUGAUGUAAGGGACACAGGCUUGUCUUGGAGAGAACGAAAGGAAAAGAGGAAAAGGCCUCGCCACACCAACCUCGCUUUGUACAUAUAGUUCACGGGAAAAGGUAUGAGUCGGAUCUACGAUAAUAAACCGCUGCAAUCUUUGCCAGUACAAAAUCACAAUUUGGGUGGGACUUGGGAACCGAGGCAAUAUCAAGAAGGCCAGGGAAUUCUGUUGGAGGGCACUAUACAAGCCAGGUCAAGGCAUGUCAUAACAGAUGUCAAGUCAGAAAAGACCAGGUAUUUUGUGUUUCACAUCAGUGUGAGUAGAGCCCACAGACGCCAGUUUGACAGGUCAGGAAAGGAAAUUGAACCAAAUUUCAGUGAGACCAAGAAAGUGAAUACUGGAUUUCUGAACUCUUCUUACAAGGUAGAAGCCAAAGGAGACACUGACAGACUUACUAUUGAUGAGGUGGCAAAAAUAGUGUCAAAGCAGGAGUUGGAUGCUUUAGUGACACGUCACAGACCACAGAACUGUCUGUCAUUCUGGGUGACGGAGCAGGCUGUGGAACAUUUGGAGCUGGUGGAGGGGGAUGAUGUACGUGUUAAAACCUCGGGGAAUGGACCUUUUAUUAGCAGUAUAUCCAAGCUAGACACCCUGAAAUCCACGGUGUCCAAUUAUGCAGGAGGGGAGGUGGUGGGUACCUCUUGGACAGACAAGAUAAUGACAGUGAAGAGUCAGCAACAUGAGGAAAUGGAGGACACCCAGGGGGCUGAUGAUGAUGAAUGGGAUGACUAAGGUUGGAACAGGAUUUGAAAUUAAUGCAAUAAAUUGGAAAAAUAUAUCUCAAGAGAAUAACAUAGGGAAGUAUACAUAUAUUAUCAGCAAUGUGCAAAAAUAUUUCUAACACCAAUAUGUCAGGCCAAUGUUUUUGCAGAUGUGUCAAAUGUUAACUUACCUGUUACACACUUACUAAUAAAUAUUUUGUCAAGAACUUCAUUUGAAAACCUAUGGUGAAACAUCACUGAAAGGAACAAUAAUGCUGUAUUUGCAUCUGGACAAGUUUGUCAGAUAUUUUUGUGUUUUGUGGAUGUAUUUUGGUGGAAUAGAUUGAUUCUGAGAUGCAAAUUGAAAUAACUGUUCUUCAAAACAAAGAAAAGUUUGACUUGUUUCAAUAGAUAUUUCAGAAGAAAUAAGGCCAUUGAAAUCAGCCUAGAAACACAAUAGCUGUUAUAAAAUUUGUUUGCUAUGUUCUGUUUUUGAAGCUGUUUUAUAUUCAUUUUUUCAUUCAGAAAAUGACAUUUAGUCCCAGAUAAAUGUUAAUCAGAACAAGGGGUUUACACAAAGCCCUUUGAUCAAAAUAUGCUUAGUAGUCUAUUGUAACAUCAUGUGACAGGGAUAUAUACGAAGUGCUCUUCCUGGAUCCUUGUCUCUAUUGUAUUGCUUCCUAGUGCUUACAAUUAUACAUGCAUAAUGGCCGUAUUUGUAUAAUGUUUACACCUAUAUUUAUAUAUAUGUACAUUUCAGUCAUUAUUUUUAUAAUAAAUUUUGUAAC